ACGUCACGCAUUUGCUGGGAGAAACGGCCUGUUUCGAGGAUAGGAAUCAGCGUUCAUGAGUUCAAUGGAAUUAUCUGUCAACGGUAUGUGAUGGAUGCUUUUUGGUUACUUAGGUUUUGUCAUCUGCUUUUUUCUUCUCCAUUUUUUGUCCUUUUCUUUUGUCGAGUGCAUUUUGCCUCAUUUUGAUCGGGAUGGCAUGUUAAAUUUCCAAGGACGGUUAGGGCAAGGCGUAAGAAUGAUCGAGACAAUGAUUUUUUUCCCGCAUUUUCUCCGAGCUUUACACAUCCCCGCUGCAUUCUUUCAUUUUCAGUGCUAUCUAUCUAGUUUGGGGUCUUUUGAGUUUCGGAUUGUCGUACGUAUCCUUUCCUCCCCUUCUGACAGGUAUAACUUUGGGUUGGUGCUUCUUUCCGGUUUUAUUUAUGGUGAAGUUCGCUGCUGGGUUGCUUCCUGUGACUUUUCUCCCGAUUUACCUUUCCCUUGCAGCGAACCGCUCCCGGUAUUCAAGGACGAUGGUGCGGAUGCUAAGUUCCUGUCGAAUUCCCACGCGGGUUGGCUUUUUCCGGCAAUGGCACUUUAAGUCCGGCCAUUAGAUCAUACAAGUGAUACCUACUGUAUUGAUCUCUGGGAUGCGAUGAUGAAUGGGACCCCUUUUUUUUACUUGGCCCCUGCAAAAAGUUCGUCAGUUUGUCUGCUCCUGCUGUUCAAUGGUGGCUAGAACGCUGUGCGGCCAUGCGAUUCGCGAGACUGGACGGAUAACUACCGGCCAGAUCACGAUAUCCGAUUUCAGGACGAUCGAAGUUCGACCUAAGCGGAUGUCCCUUCUCAUGAGAAUUCCAUUACAUAUUGG